GUAUCUCGUAAUGGCAGCCAAAGGCCAUGUGGAUGUCGUUGGAGAACGACGUUUGAGGCCGAUUUAUGACUACCUGGACAGUGGCAAUAAUAAGAAAGCCUUGCAGGAGUGUGACAAAGUGCUGAAGAAACAGAAAGAUUUUACAUGCGCUAAGGCAUUAAAGGCCCUAGCUUUAUUGCGACUGGGCAGACAGGAUGAGAGUGACACUAUCCUACAGGGUGUCCAUGAUGAGAAACCAGCAGAUGACGCCACCCUACACACACUUAGUAUCUGCUAUAGGGAGACUGCAAGUUGGGACAGGAUCAUCGAUAUGUAUGAGAAUGCAUUGAAGAAAGAUGCGGGAAAUGAAGAUAUUCUAUCUGCACUUUUCAUGGCAUAUGUUCGAGUUAGUGACUAUCAAAACCAGAAGAAGACUGCCAUGUUAUUGCAUAAGAUAGCCCCGAAGAAAAAUCCAUAUUAUUUUUGGGGUGUCAUGAGCAUCGUUAUGCAGGCACUUUCCAAACCUGAUGAUAAGAUGUCCAAAGCUGUCCUGCUUCCCCUAGCAUUGAAAAUGUGUAAGAAAUACAUUGAAGAUGGGAAAGUCAAUGCUGAAACUGAGGUAAAGCUGUUCUUAAUGAUACUAGAAAUACAAGAGGAUUACAAAAUGGCAUUAUCCAUUCUGCAGGGAAUCCUUGGUGAAAAACUCCAAGCAGAAAUCCUGUUCAAGGAAACAAAAGAAUUAGAGUGUUUGAAGAAACUUGAAAGGUGGGGAGAUGUCAAUGUCGCCAACAAAAAACUUAUUCUCAAAAAUCAGGAUGGCUGGGAUUAUUAUAAAGAGUAUUUGGAGUCUAUGUUCCGGCUAAUUGAUGGUGGACAUGUGUCGGUAGCCCCUCAAGAGGAAACCACGUGUGAAGAGGCAAUGCCAGAUAACCAUCCAAUAAUGGCUCUCCAGUUCAUAAACAGCCAGAUUGAGGCAAACAAAUCCAAACCUAUACGAGGACCAUACCUUGCACAACUUGAAUUAUUGCGACUUGUACAGUCCCGGGAGGAAAGCUAUGCUCUUGAAUUAGAUACUGCUGAUAUACUAAUACGUAACUAUUAUACCUUAUUUGGUGAUAAAUUCUGUUGCUUUGGCGAUCUGAAGAUGUUUUGUGGUCUCUUAGAUCAAGAAUCAUUUUCUCAGUUAAUAGCAACCUUACAUGAAGAACUAGGCGUAGAAACAAAGGAGGGAGAAGAAAUCAAAUAUGCUCAAAAUGUAAAAGAACUCCAGAGGCAUUUAACUCUCAUCCAGCUUAGCAGGUAUAUAGGAUGUCACGAUUUACUCUCAGAUGAUGCAAAAUCUCAAAUGGCCAAGACACUGGUGCUCAGGUACAAAGAUGGAUUAAAGUUUGGAAAGGAAUUGAUAUCCACAGAUCUCCAGUUCAGUGAUAACUACCUGCUUCUAGCUUUACAUCUUAUGUAUGAUGUUUAUAUAAGCACAGGGGAUCAGGAUGUACUUUGGGAGAUGAUACUCUUACUAGAGAAAGGCCUUUUCAAUUCUGUCUCAAACUUCCAGUUCAAACUGCUGUUGAUUAAACUCUACAGUACUGUAGGUGCAUUUGGUCCAUGUCCCUGUCUAUAUGAUAGCAUGGAUAUAAAGUAUAUACAGAAUGAUACACUAGGGUAUAUAGUUAGCAACCACGUCACUAGGCUCGGCCAUAUGCAGUCAGCACUCGCAAUGUUCUCCACCAUGCUUAGAUUCUUCAGUAGCAAUUUUAAAGAUACCUCUGAAUACAUAAUAGGUUCUUACAAGUAUGGAUCAUUCUCUAAGAUACAUGAAUUCACCAAGUUCCGUGAAAAGCUGGAAAAGUCAUUACAGUAUGCCUGCGCAAAAGUGGAGAGAUCUCUAGUCAUUUUAGCAUUGGACACUAUCAACUCUAAGAAUGCGUCAGAAGUGUUAGAUGCUCUUGGCCUCGAUGUUUCCUUAUUGUCUGAACCUGCUGUAGAAAUUGACACUCUUUGUGACAAUAGAGACUUUGACACUAUGAUCACAUGGGACCCAGAGGGCAAGCAGCUUUCUGAGUUGGAAAAGGCAUUGUCAUUAAAGGAAGAGUAUGCCUGGUUGAAGUAUAGGAGCUUACUUCUACAACUCAUCGUGUGCUGUAUGUCUCUUCAACCACCUCAGCCAUCUACCGCCAAACACUCCACAACAAAUAAUGGUGAUGUCACAAACCAUGUGACCAGUAUUGACCAAUUACAGAACAUUAUCAGUCAAAUGGAUGGCCACCUGAAUGACUGUAUGAAGAUUUUUCCAGAUUCUACAAAGUAUCCUCUCCAAGGUCCAAGUUCAACCAGACUACAUGAGUUCCUCAAGCUAGGGUUACACAGCUUAAUAUCAGAUGUUAGUGUCCUUGUGUUGUACACAUACAAACUUACAGACGAGGGAAUGGACACGAGGGAUCAGGAAAAAGAGGAAACUAUUCAUGCUGAUAUCUGCACAAAAUUAGAUUGUGUUGUAAAACUCUGCUCAUCUCCCCUGAUUAGUACUGUGAAGGAAAAAAUACAUUGUCACCCAGAAGUAUUGGAUCACCUAGUACAUGUUAUAGAGACUCUCAGCUAUGUCUGUCUGCUUCUGAGUGGUGUAUAUGAGAUACUCAAACCACACAAAACCCCCGUCUCAAAGAAAAGCAAGAAAAAGAAGGCAGAGGCACCUCCAUUGCCUCCAACACUGGCAAAUUUUACGAAGUUGAUCGAUGACAUCACAAAGCGAGGCGAAGAUUUAUGUAAAUUAGUUAAUGACAUCACAGAUUGUGCAGGGAUGAUUUCCACACAUUUUGGCAUCACUGUACUGAGCCUGAAGGAUAAUACAGGAGAGGGUGAGGCUUCAUCAAAUACUGAUGGCACAACAGCAGUAACCAAAACUGAGAACAUUGAUGCAAGCAAUGAAACAAAACCAACAAAUAACGCAAUAGAAAACUCGGAUGCACAAGCUCAUGAACAAAUCACGGAAGUGGAAAAUAAAAACCCUGAAUCUGAUAAUACCACAAAGGCAGCCAUUAAUAGCAAAACCCAAACUCAAAUCAAUGACGGAAAAACGAACUCAAAUGAAACCAGUGUAGGGAAAUCAAAUAAGGAAACAAAAUGUGACACGGAGAAUUGUUGUCACGAUCACGAUAAAAAGGAGAUGACUGAUUCGCAGAUUCAGCAGUCAAUAUGGACAAAAGUUGAAGUUAGUUUUAACCAAUCAGCACGCGAACUUUCCUCGUUACUUUCUAGGAAGAUUCAAUUUUUGAAGAGCAUGAGAUUAUGA